CCGCGGCAAGGACUACACGCCCCAGCAUCCUCUGCGGGAGCUGCGGUGGGCCUCAGCCAAUCGGAGGCGGGCCUUGCGCCGGGAGGCGGAGCCGAGGGGCGACAGAGACUCUUCUGUUCAAAGUGGCGCCGUGAGGGGAUGGCGGAGAGCGCGGGAUACCCGCCCUUCCAGCUGGGGAAGCCUCGCUUCGAGCAGACUUCAUUUUAUGGGAGAUUUAGACACUUCUUGGACAUCAUUGACCCCUGUACUCUCUUUGUCACUGAGAGUCGUCUUAAAGAAGUGGUACAGUUGCUGGAAGAUUAUAAACAUGGGACUUUGCCUCCAGGAGUCACCAACAAGGAGCUUUGGAGAGCGCAAAAAAUAAAACAGGCCAUCAUCCAUCCGGACACCAACGAGACGAUUUUCAUGCCUUUCAGAAUGUCAGGUUGUUGGUCUUCUCUUGCCAAACCAGACGCUGGCAUCCACCAUCUUCUGGCAGCCUCGUUUCCCAGGUCCUGCCCAGCAGCUGGAGAGCGGCAGAGAGAGCAGUCCAUGGCAGUGCCAGUUUUUAGUGUGCAGGUGGCAGUCCAGGUCAUGUCAGGGCCCCCAAUGGAGUGGUUGAAUCAGAGCCACAAUGCUGGUGUCAACUAUGCAAACCGAAAUGCGACCAAGCCUUCUUCGACAUCUAAGUUCAUCCAGGGCUACUUGGGAGCUGUCAUAAGUGCUGUCUCGAUCGCAGUGGGCCUUAAUGUUCUGAUUCAGAGAGCAAACCAGUUUACCCCGGCAACCCGGCUCCUGAUCCAGAGAUUUGUGCCAUUUCCUGCUGUAGCUAGUGCCAAUAUUUGCAAUGUGGUCCUGAUGAGACACAUGGAACUGGAGGAAGGGAUCGACGUCCUGGACAGUGAUGGAAAUGUUGUCGGAUCUUCCAGAAUCGCUGCCAAACAUGCACUGCUGGAGACGGCCCUAACCAGAGUGGUCCUGCCGAUGCCUAUACUGGUUCUACCUCCCGUCAUCAUGUCUCUACUGGAAAAGACGGCUCUCCUUCGAUCCCGACCGCGGAUGAUUCUUCCUGUGCAGAGCCUCGUGUGCCUUGCUGCCUUCGGGCUGGCCCUCCCAUUGGCCAUCAGCCUCUUCCCGCAAAUGUCUGAGAUCGAGACGUCGCACCUGGAACCUGAAAUCGCCCAGGCCACCACCAGUGAGACCGUCAUCUACAACAAAGGGUUGUAAGCGGAAGUGGAGUUGCUGGGCACAGAAGAUGGUCCUCAGCACUCCAAUUUGAAGGCACCUUAUCGCCGUCUCUUGAAUUGAAAACUGUAACUCAGAAGAGGUUGCGGGGGGGGGGGAGGCUCCGCUCCUCUGAACUCACUUGUCUUCCAGCUGCUACACUGACCUGACUUUCUGAGUGCAUAUACCUCUGUCAAUGUCAAUCAACUUUGAAACUUGCAGUGUCUUUUUAACUUCCUCAAUAGAGUUAUUGAUCAUAACACUUUCUGUAACACUUCUAAAUGUCUGGAAUAAAAGUCGAUGCAUCUAAACCUC